AUGUGUUCCUUUGUGUUCGCCGUGGCCGGAGACAGUGUGCUGGUUACGGCAUUCGAUGAAAACCCCAUCGCGCCUCUGGUGCUAGGCAAUGGGAGGACGCUUUGUGCUUUGGUGGCGGACAUGUCGAAGAAGGACGACGUCGACAAGGCGGUAGACGCGGCGUGCACAGACGCCAUGAGGCAUGGGUGGUUUGCGGAGCUUUGCAAGGCGAACGUUAUCAUAAGUGGAUCAACCCUACCGUCUAUUGUUCCCGAGAACAACCUUUCAAAUGAGGCAGUCCCGAGGCAUCUAGAAGGUCAAGAGCUCGCCGGUCCGGAUGUAGAAACAGAGGAGACCUCCUGCCUCUACAGCGCAAGAGUUUUCGCUGAUGAAUUCCACGUGGAGAUUGAGCCUUCUUCCAUCCACGGUCUCGGGCUUUUUGCUGUCCACGACCUGCCCAAGGAUGAGGCAAUGCCGAUACCGUUGAUGGGUGAUUUCGAGUUUCACACUCCGGAGGGAGCCUUCGGGAUGAUGCUUGAUGAUAAAGUACCCCGGCAUCCUCUGCUAGAUGCUUCAGAUUUUAGUGUGGUUAUUUGGACCCAGAGGAAGUCGCGUCCGAUGACUCCACCUUGUGGUUGAAAACCAGUGCCAUGUCGUUCCUGUAUUACACGAACUCGUCGUUUCCGGACAGUGGUAGGGCGAACGUGACUAGGACUGCUCCUUUGACCACCAUCCCGCCGUUGAACACACACACGUUACCGAAUGCAGCUGCAGCUGCACAG